CUCCUGGUAUCCGACAUGGGAAUUACAGUGUACCAUGAUUUUGGGAUAUUAGCUGUAAAAAUAAAGGUGUAAGGUCCGUGAGCAAUAAAUAAAGCUUCAUGGCACCUGAAUGCGGACCUUAGAUCUUUAUUUAAUAAGGUUGACGAGUCAAAUUCAUUAUCCGUGCCCAUAUUUGAGACUCCAUGCAGCCUGGGAAGACAAGAAGGGAUUUUGACGUCGGAUCUAUUUCUGGUCAUCGAAACGAUGUCCUGUGUUUGUUGUUUUACUUGUUGUUUGUUCAGACUAAAUGUGAACCUGUCUUGUGUUUUGUCAGAUUCAACAGUCUGUGAAUUUGUGUGCAGUGAUGUCACUCUACAGUCUUCUAUAUUUGUAUGUGAAUCGUAUCAUCGUAUGUACCGUCUGUGAUUAAAUGUUCUAUGUUGAAUCUAUGCACAGUGGCCAGUUUAUCAGUUACACCAAAGUUCAUGAAUGGGUCACUUCACCAGACAUGAAAUCACAUUGCCUUAGAUUUAGCAAAGAUGGUGGAGUUCAGUAACUCUUUGGUUUAAUACAAGAACAGCAGAAGAUAGUCACAUACAGGAGCCAACUGGUGAAGAAAGAAGAAUGACCUGAAGAAUGAAGAUUCUUGUCACCUCCUGGUAGAACUGAAAUCAGAAUUAGGUGCCAAAUGGAAAAAUGAUAGACUGAGCCCUCCUCAUGAGGGCACAUUUGGUGAAUGUUCCAUUAAGAGCCCUCAUUACCAGCAGGACUGCAUUCCUUGAUGACAGCACUUCAGCCUUCCUCUCAUGGAGUCCCUUCAGCACCACACUUCAAAGCAGACCUGAUUUUUUAACAAUCCUGGGAGUUCAAAGUGACUUAAUUUUGCUUACGUGACCUGCUUAGCCUGAAGAUGUCUCCAAUAGGUUUUCAGUAAGAUAAAGUGAGAUUAGUUGUGUAUACCAUCGAUGAGCUACAAUCUAUUCUGCAACAAGAAUGGCAGGAGUUUUUUCACUGAUACCCUUGACAUCCCUGUGGUAUGAUCCCAUAAACUUCUGGAGCCACAGUCUGGUACAACCCAGUCCUGCAUACAUGGUGUACACAGUAAACUGGCUGCUGACUGUAGACUGUUGUGCUGUUGUUGUGUUUUGUUGGGUUGUUGAUGUACUGUACCUGUGUCACUUUUUAAACUAGAAAUCGAAAUGGACUUUGUAGUCCCGCUGAAGGACGUUUCGGUGCCUGAAAAGAAACAGGCCAAGUUUGAAUGCACCAUCACGAAGGAUGUCUCUAAGGUCAUGUGGUACAGGGGGGAUGACAUUAUCACCCCAGACCAAAAGUAUGACAUCAUCGAUGAUGGAAAGAAGCAUAUGCUGAUCAUAAACUGCUGUGAGUUUGAGGACGAAGAUGAAUAUACGAUUGCGGUUUUGGGCAAAACUUCAACAGCUAGACUCACAGUGGAGGGUAUCAGGCUCAAAUUUAUCUCGCCGAUAAAGGACCAAACGGUGAAGGAGGGCGAAACGGCUCGCUUCGAGCUGGGGCUCUCUCAUGAGAACAUCCCUGUCACCUGGUACAAGAACGAUGUUAAAAUUCAUCCGAGCAGAACAGUGGUCACUCAUGUGGAUGGAAAGAAACAUGUGCUAGAGAUGAAGGAAGUGACUCUUGAUGAUACUUGCCAAAUUAAGGCUGAGGCCAAAGGAAUUCCUUCCAUGGCCAACCUGACGGUCAUAGAGGGAGAUGCGUACUUCACAGUUAAGCUGCAGGACUUUACUGCAGUGGAAAAAGAUGAUGUGAUUCUUGAUUGCGAGCUCAACAAAGAUGUCGAAGUCAUGUGGUACCACAAUGAGGCUGAGAUCAAGCCCUCUAAGAUGGUGGCCAUUAAGGCUGAGGGCAAACGCAGAGCCCUCGUUAUCAAGAAAGUUGGAGACAAAGACAAAGGACAAUACGUAUGUGAUUGUGGAACAGACAAGACGACGGCAAAGCUUCACAUUGAAGCUCGCCACAUCAAGGUGAUUCGGCCAAUGUAUGGCGCUGAGGUGUUUGAAGGAGAGACAGCUCGAUUUGAGGUCGAGCUCAGUGAGGACGACAUUCAUGGCCAAUGGAAACUGAACGGAGAAGUCCUCAGUCCAUCCGCCGAUGUAGAGAUCGUGGAGGACGGCCCAAAACACACUCUGGUCUUGUACAACUGCAAAGUGCCUCUAACAGGCGAGGUGUUGUUCACUGCCGCCAACGCAAAGUGUUCUGCUAACCUGAAAGUAAAGGAGAUCCCAGUCUCAUUCAUUACACCACUGACGGACGUGCAUGUGUACGAAAAGGAUGAGGCAAAGUUUGAACUGGAAAUUUCUAGAGAGCCCAAAAACUUCCGCUGGCUGAAGGGAACUCAGGAGUUGUCAACUGAUGAUAAGUUUGAGCUCCAGGUGGAGGGAAAAAGACACACUCUUAUUAUAAAAUCUGCCAGAUACGAAGAUGAAGCCAAAUACAUGUUUGAGGCUGAAGAUAAAAGGACUUCUGGAAAGUUGUUUAUCAAAGGUAUUCGCCUUGAAUUUAUCAGGCCGAUUAAAGAUGUGACUGUGAAGGAACGUGAAACUGCAGAGUUCAGCGUCGAACUCUCUCACGAAAAGAUCCCGGUGGUCUGGUACAAAAAUGACGUCCGUCUGCACCCUAGCAAGGUGGUGCACAUGUCAGAGGACAGAAAAGUCCACACACUGGCCUUCAAGGAGGUCACCAUCGACGACACUUCCAUGAUCAAGGUGGAGGCCAUGGGCAAGACCUCAGAGGCCAUGCUCACUGUGCUCGAGGGCGAUCUGUACUUCACAGUGAAGCUCCAGAACUACACCGCCGUCGAGAAAGAUGAGGUGAUGUUGUCCUGUGAGCUGAGCAAGGCCGCCGGCGAGGUCCGGUGGUUCAAGGACGGUAACGAAAUAUUUCCCUCCAAGAACAUUCUCAUCCAAUCAGACGGCAAGAAGCGCAUGCUGGUGAUCAAGAGGACAGCGAAGAGCAGCAAGGGAGAGUACACCUGUGACUGUGGCACCGACAAAACCACAGCCAACCUGAACAUCGAAGGUAAUACCUGCGGCGAUCUGGCCCCUCCUCCAGACCCUGGUCAGGACUGCAGAAUCAGACCCCGCCCACCGCCGUUCGCCGAAACUCCACCCUUCUCUGCCAUUUUCCCUCCAUCACUGUGUUCUGUAUUCUCAUACUCAUUGUUUGUAAUGUUUGUGACGUGAUAUCAUAAUCCAACGUGAAACAUCUUCAUUAUAACUGUAUACAGAAACACUUUAUGAACUCUGAGGAAACAACGGAGACACAAUCUGUCAUGUUAAUGUCUCCUCACUCAGAUGCCCAUAAUAGUGUUCAUAUACAUGUUAUAAUCACUUAUUUUUGUGUGUGUUUAUUCAUUAGGAAUGUUUACAUUUUACAAGAGAUUUCAGGAUGCACAUUAACAGUCAAAUUUUUAAAUAUUUUUUAGGGAAAGAUUUCCAUUAUCCUAUUAGGGAAAGUGAAAAUUUGCACCAAAUUUAAAGCAAAAAACAUAUAGGUGAGCACAGGAUUAGGGGCUCAAACUAUCUGCAAAAUGUUUUGGAAAAUUACAGUUUUUUUAAUGCUUUAAAUCAAAGUAGUAAAAAUUAAGGCUUGUGUAGACUAUUUGUUUGUCAGGAUGUUGAUAAUAUAAAUGCAUUUAUAA